AUGGAAUCCUACAAGGAGCUCACUUGCGAGUUCUUAGCUUCAAUGAGGUACCACAUGUACGAUGAGGAGAUAGAGCUGAUUUGGACCAAGGAUUGGGAUGGAUCACGUUCUUGGCUAAGGGAGAGAAGAGAAUGGUCCAAGGCUGCUCAAAUCAGGAGCCCAGUGUUGAGGUAUGUGCACAAGGCACUUGCCAACACCUUCUUUGCAAGGAAGGCAACCGGGACCAUUAACGAGGGGGAACUCAAGUUUCUUGACAUGGGAAUCAAGCCCAUCUCUCACGCACAAGCGAUGGCAAGAGGAUCAGGGGAGAUAGAUCCAACACAGGGAAACUUGAUGCCUUUCCUUGAUCACCUACAAGAUCCACCUACAACACUAGACAUCAACAGGGAGGCGCCUAAGUUGGAUGGACAUCAAGUUUUGCAAGACCAACCUCUCAUUGAGCACAAGGAGUUGGAUGGGAGGUUCCAAUUCAAGUUCACACAUCCAUUGGUUGGACCUUCCAAGCUUCUCCUGCCCAACCCAGAGCUCACCACAGUAGUCAGGGGUGAGAACAUUGACUUCAGACCCCCUGUGUACACAUUAGUUGGGCAUGAGGAUUUGCGAGAAGAGGAGCCUGAGCUCGAUCGAGCUGAGGAUCGAGCUGAGUCAAGCUGA